GCGAGCGGGGUGCGAAAGAACCGCAGCAGGCCAGGCAGGAGACAGGCGCCGAGGCCAGACCGCAGUGCGGGGAGUGCACCGCCCCGCAACAGCGAGGAUGCAGCAAAGAUAAGAGACGCUGCUGCUCGCCAGAUGCCAGUCUCCCCCUGCGCGCGCACAGGAGCCGAGGCAAGGCGGGCAGGUGCCCAACGCACCAAGCCAGCAAAAGGAACCUCGCCGCCCGCCGCCGUCGGGGCUGGGCGGACGACUUUCCUCCCGGGCACGAGGAGGGGGAGCGCGCCGCUAUCUGCAAGCGACACCCGCGAAGCAGCGGGCGGAGGCGGCGCCGGCGCUUCGUGAGGAAUUCCCCUUUCCGCGGUGGUCUCGCCCGCCGAACCCUCCUCCGAGCGGAGGGCAGCCAAUGGGCAGCUGCUGAGCACCCGAAAGAGGAGGUGGGCGACGCGGGAGGGGAGGCUUCCCUCGCAGUCGCCUUCCGUCGCUCGGGAGGGUCGGAGGGGCUGGGUCGCCGCGAGGCACGAGGGCCCUGGAGGGAAGAAGAAGAAAGCCAGCUGCAGAUGGAACAAAUAGCACCUGUAGUGGCGUGCUGUUCCUGGCUACCUUUGUUUUUGUUCUUGCACAGCAGUCUGAACACAUCUCUAUAACCAAGAGUGCCUGGAUCUGAAAUGACCACCCUUCUUGGACCUUGCAGCUUGUUUAUUCAUACAAAUAAAACAACCCUGAAAGAAGGCAAAGGUCAAUGGAAGCAGCAGCCUUCAGAUGAUCGUUGUUAAAUAUUCAGUGCCGUAUAAUGCAAGCACCGACCGAGUCUUAAAACUGCAAAGUUUAUUCAGAGAAGAGGAAAUGCAGCAGAAACCUCCGGAUGAGAUUUCCUGUGUAAUACUGAGUAACAAUGACACUGGCGCCUGUGGGAUAUGGGCAACAUGGCAGCAUCUUACGUGGGUGAGAGAGAGAUGAAGGGAUCAUGUGGCCCAAUUUUUCCAAAAUACAGAUUUUGUGCCUCAUUCUGGCAGUGUUGGCGAUUCUGGCUUUACUACACAACUUUUACGAAUUAGAGAAUCUGAACGAAGCAGGUUUAAAGUGGUUGGUAGAAGAUGAUGACCAACAGCCAUCGUUACAGAUGACUAAAAUACCCAGGAAGCUGUACUGUGGAUAUGAGCACCAAGUCUUGUCCAAGAGAGAACAAGGGGAAGAGGAGUCCUUAUUUGCUGCUAUACAGUGGCCCAAACCUCCGGAGGACAAAACCCCAUUUGUGAGAAGCACUGACCCCUCCCAUAGCAACUUUGUGAUACUGAACACCCGUACACAUUUCAAGGUUGGCGAUCAGCUGGAGGUGCUGGUCCACAUGAAAGACUAUGAAGGCAAGCCAAAGCGUUACGGUGGGGACUACCUUCAGACAAGAAUCCACUCCGCUCACCUGAAGGCUGGAGCCACAGGAAGAGUUGUAGAUUACCAGAAUGGAUCUUACAGAGUUUUUUUCACUUUACUCUGGCCAGGGGAGGUCACAGUAUCUGUGGCGCUGGUCCACCCUAGCGAAGGGAUCCAAGUACUUCAGCGUUUACGAGAAGAGAGACCAGACAGGGUCUAUUUUAAAAGCCUAUUCAAAUCAGGGAGAAUUUCAGAAACGACUGUGUGCAAUGUCUGUUUGCCAGGAGAUAUGCCGGUGUGUAACUUUACGGAUCUUUACACCGGUGAGCCAUGGUUUUGCUACAAGCCAAGAAAGCUCUCUUGCGCCACGAGGAUCAGCCAUUACAAAGGGGGGUAUCAAAAGGGCCUUCUGACCUCAGAAGAGAGUCGCCUUUUCCAAAGUGAUGUGAAUAUCAAAGUGCCAAUAUCCUCCAGUGGCCCUGAUACUGUACUCGUAAGGCCCUUAAGGCAUGCAGAGAUGGACAAUCUGGAAAGAUCUCAAAGCCCUGAUGUGUUUCCUUCUGGUUACUAUUAUGAAGAUGAAUGGCGAGCAAGAACACAGUGGAUUCGGCAUUUUAACAAGUCAUCAGAUAUUACCGAAUGUUUACAAGGGAAACUUAUCCACUUGUUUGGAGACUCUACAAUCAGGCAGUGGUUUGAAUAUCUGACAACAUUUGUUCCAGAUCUCGUGGAAUUAAACCUUGGCAGCCCUAAAAAUGUUGGGCCCUUCAUGGCUGUGGACUCGGUGCAUAACAUUCUACUAAACUUCCGCUGCCACGGGCCCCCUAUUCGCUUCUCCACCGUGUUUAGCAGUGAGCUGCAUUACAUUGCCAACGAACUGAAUCGCAUUGUAGGCGGGAGGAACACUGUGAUAGCCAUAACUAUUUGGUCUCACUUCAGCACUUUCCCUGUAGAAGUGUACAUCAGGAGACUGAGGAACAUUCGCAAGUCCAUCGUACGGCUUCUGGAUCGGAGUCCCAAGACACGGAUAGUCAUCAAAACCGCUAACGUUCAGGAGCUGGGGCCGGAGGUUAGCCUUUUCAACAGCGACUGGUAUUCGUAUCAGCUUGACACAAUCAUGAGGAAGAUGUUCUCAGGAAUUGGAGUGCACUUUGUGGAUGCUUGGGAGAUGUCGCUGGCACACCAUUUGCCACACAAAUUGCACCCAGAAGAUGUUAUUGUCAAAAACCAGUUAGAUGCUUUCUUGUCUUUUGUGUGUCCGGUAGAAACGCACUACAGCCUCGUAAAAGGAAUCCAUAAUCAAUUGUGGUCUCUGUUUCUGUAGUUCACUUUUGGACACGUUCUGCACUAGUUGUUUGUUGCUGAUUUGGGGUGCCCCUAACCUGCAUCUGAUUCUCCAAGCCUGCACUGUAGCAUACAUAAUUCAUACACUGAAUGUCUGGGGACUGGUUUUUUUUUUUUAAAAAACAAGACUAUAUGUGUGGAUACCUCUUUGCAAUGCACACCUGAGAAUGAAGGUGUCCACAACUCCACUUGCCACUCUCACUACAAUAAAUGUUCUGCCACCAUCUGGUAAGAUAAUGAAAGUAUUCGCAGCAGCAGCCGCCUCCUUCAGCCUGGAGCUAGGGAGAGAGGCCACAGCACAAUGCCAGAGCACAUGUUCGAGAUACUGAAAAUUCCAGGUUCAGUUGUCAACAUUUUCAUAAUAAUAAUAAUUUAUUAUUUAUACCCCGCCCAUCUGGCUGGGCUUCCCCAGCCACUUUGGGCGGCUUCCAAAAAAAUACUAAAAAACUGCAAUACAUCAAACAUUAAAAGCUUCCCUAAACAGGGCUGCAUUCAGAUGUCUUUUAAAAGUCUGGUAGUUGUUCUCUUUGACAUCUGGUGGGAGGGCGUUCCACAGGGAGGGCGCCACUACCGAGAAGGCCCUCUGCCUGGUUCCCUGUAACUUGGCUUCUCACAGUGAGGGAACUGCCAGAAGGCCCUCGGUGCUGGACCUCAGCGUCUGGGUAAAACGAUGGGGGUGGAGACGCUCCUUCAGAUAUACUGGUUAAAAGAAUGCCGUGAAUGUCUAGCUUGUGGGUCUCCCUGUAUUACUAUUGUUAUAAAUUUAUUCAUACCCCUGAUGGGACUCAAGGCAACUUGCAGGUAUGGACCUGCAAAGAUAUGGACCUGCUAAAAACAGGAAAACAACAAACUGGUAUGCCACUGUGAGAACAGGGUGAUGGACUAAAUGGCCAUUUGGCUAGCUCCAGCAGAGUUUUUCUCACGUAGCAGAGCUGGAAGAAAACCUUUCCUGAGACCUUAAGAGAGAACUGCUUCAAGUCACACAAUACUGCCCUAGAUAGAUUGUUUGAUUUAGGCUAUGUACACAGGCAGCCUCUGAAAUGUGCAGGAGUUGUUUUUACAGUGUACACACCUAUGCACAAUAACAGCAUCUAAACCAGCAGCUACUACAAGGGAUGUCUGUACACACAGGUGGGCUUAUUUUCAAACUAGUACACAAUAGUGUUCUCCAUUGCCUUCCAUUCAGUUAGUGGUUCCGCUGAGUUUUUGCAAAACAAUAUAUAUAUAUUGCAAUCUUUCCAAAGAGAGGGUCUCUUUCCAAAGAGAGAGCCCAGCAGAAUGGGCUUUAAUUGGACAAAUAGUGUGGAGCAGGGACAACAUGGGGUGAUGUCAUUUGUCCAGCACUCCCCAAAGGUGCUUACAUCCUGCACUGAAUGCACAACAUACAUAAGAAGAGCCUUCUGGGUAAGGCCAAUGGCCCAUCUAGUCCAGCAUCCUGUUCUCUCAGAGGGUGAACAGUUGCUUGUGGGAAACUAGCAAGCAGGAUAUGAGCACAAGAGCAUUCUCUCCUCCAGUGGGUUCCAGCAGCUGACAUUCAGAAGCGGUACUUGCCUCCAACUGCGAAGGCAGAGCAUAGCAAUUGCGACUAAUAGACACUGAUAGCCUUACCCUCAUGAAUUUGUAUAAUCCAUCUAAGUUGGUGGCCACCACUGCCCCCUGCAGGAUUGAGUUCCAUAGUUUAACUCUGCGUGGCAUGAAGAAGUAUGUGCAUGCCCUUAAUGCACAUUUACAUCUAUAUUUGCUAGCUCUGCUGCUUGAAAUUCUUUUAACUGGAGAUGCUGGGGAUUGAACCUGAAGACAAUUAUUUCCAAAAAAUAAUUGAAAUAUGAAAAAAAGGAGGAACUAAAUCCAAAUUAACUGAAUACUAAUGAAAGUUUUACAAAAGAAAGGAAUUACCAAAAUAUUUGUAAAUCUAAAAGAAGAAAAGUAACCAUUUCCCCGGUGCACACCCCUACCUCCCCAUCCCUUUAUCUCCCCCUGUUUUGGUGCCCAAGACAUCUGCAUGCAGGACACCCACUUUACUAAUAGUUGGAGUGUUUUAAUAAAAUAAACAUUUUGUAUGGCUCAGUGGCUACCUCCUGAGUUAUUUGAUACUUUCCAAGGG